AUGGCGUCCAUCCGCCUCCUCGCCACCGUAACGCUACUCAUCGUCAUCGCUUCAGCCCAGCAAUGCAACCUCAAGACCUUGAAGUCCUCUUAUCCAGCGCCUGCUACUGCCGAUGGCUGGAACUACAGUAUCAUCGCCAAUGAGCUUAGACGACCCCGAGGUAUACUAUUCGACAGCGAAGGUGCUCUCAUUGUGAUAGACUCUGGAAAUGGCAUAAUACAUUUCGAACUCGAUGAUGAAGGUGGAACCUGCUUGCAAGUCAAGAAGAAGACCACUCUACUAAAGAAGAAUAACCUCAACCAUGGCAUCGCCCUCUCUAAAGAUGGACGUACAAUCUAUGCUUCAUCAUCCGAUGAAGUCUUUGCUUGGUCCUAUGACCCAUCCAAACUCACCCUCAGCGAAUCUUCUGCCCAGACUUUAGUUAACAAUAUGACUAACGGAGGUCAUACCUCUCGAACCCUGCUCAUCUCACAGAAACAUCCAGACAUGCUGCUCGUGUCCCGGGGUAGCGAUGGGAACGAUGACGCAGGUGCUGAAGAUCGUGACUCUGGUCGCUCUCAGAUCCGCGCCUUCAACAUCUCGUCUUUCAGCGGCAAUUCCGAUAAAAAGCCUUACGAUUAUCUUGACGGCGAGAUCCUCGGCUGGGGUCUUCGCAAUUCCGUCGGCGUGGCAGAGCAUCCAGAGACAGGUGGCAUUUUCAGCGUUGAGAAUUCCGCCGACGAACUACAUCGUAAUGGUAAAGACAUCCACAAGGACAACCCAGGCGAGGAGAUGAAUUUCCACGGGUAUCUUAAUGGCUCUGAUGAUCAGGGUGGCAACUACGGCUACCCUCUUUGCUAUACCCUCUGGUCUACAGAAGGCUUCCCUAAUCUCGGCGACCUGAAGAUAGGCGAUCAAUUUCCAGCUGAUCGCCAGGCUGACGGCGAUAAUGCUACCGCCCUUACUGAUGAGGAAUGCAAAUCCGACUACGUUGCUCCAGUCCUAGCGUUCCAAGCCCAUAUGGCGCCUCUUGACCUGAAGUUUGACGAGAAUGGAACAAGAGCCUAUGUAUCUUUUCACGGUAGCUGGAACCGCAAUCCACCAGUUGGAUACAAAGUCUCGUACGUAGAUUUCCAAGAUGGUAAACCUGCAUCUUCUUCACGAAGCACGAACGCUACUACACCCAUAAUCUACAACAAAGAUCUCUCCAAAUGUCCGGAUGACUGCUUCCGCCCCGUCGGUCUGGCCUGGGAUUCUAAGGGUAGACUGUGGUUCAGUUCUGACAAGACUGGCGAGAUCUUUGUGUUGAGUCACGAGGGCGGCUCGGGUUCAACUGGAGGGAAUGGAUCUGAAUCCAGCUCUGGCAGUGGUGAUGAUGAUAACGAUUCCGCGUCUCUACAGCCAGGAUCGGCUGCUUUCAUUAUCACCAUUGCGGCUUUCAUCGUAGGAGGUUUACUUGCGUAA